AUGGUAUUGAAUGAGGAAGAUUGCAGAUUUGCGAUCGUGGAUUCGAAACAAGUUAUUCAAGAGGUGAGCACCGAGCUCUCGGACGGAGACGUCUCAUCAAAUAGCACCGCUUCGAUACCUCCAUCAGACCCGAAAUCCUCAUCUGCGCUCGUUCUUCCAUCCAAAAAUUACUUCUCUGCCACGGGUAAAUUAAUUCAUUCAUCAAAAUUACAGUCGUUCACAGCUCCGACGUGGCACAGUCGACGUUCCACAACGAUGAUCACAACAUCGACAUGUCGUUCGACUUCAGAUGAACGUUAUCAGCUAGCACGUCAGGAUGCAUCCGUUAGUCAUGCGCGACGAAGUCCUCUUGGAAGUUAA